AUGGCUGGAAUCUUCAGUGGCAGGAUUCAGACAUGGAACGACCAUAGUUUGAAGAAUUUGAACCCAUCUCUGUCGCUGCCCAAUACGAAGAUCACUCCUCUGGCACGCCAGGAUAGCAGCAUCACAACGAAGGUGUUUACCAGCUUCUUGUCAGAAUUCGAUGACAGCUGGAGAUCAUCGAAAGGGGUCUUUUCCGAGCCGAUGGUGACAGAGAACGGCCUCUGGAGUCGAACGUGGAAUCGUAGCACUUCAGAGAUUCAGUUUUUCUCCGGAGAAGACAUCGGACCAGCCCUCAUAUCCAUUACUAACUCAGUUACGUAUUUGCCCAUAUUUUAUGACGUGCUGUCGAAGGACAGGGUGGCCGCGUUGAUGAACAAGGCAAAUGCGACCAUUCAUUUCAAGAAAAUCUUACGAGGCACUCAAGCCGCCAUCGAAUACGCCAUACAGCGUACGGAAUUCGCACUUCCCUCAAACCUCAGCUACGUUGACAUCGCCGAGUCGUAUCCGCUUAGCUACUUCAUUCGUCUGCCAAUCAACAGGACGAUUGACGACAGCGUCAUAGAUUGCUCAAAGGUGGCGCAAUUCUUCGACCUGCUUCUGGACGCCAUCGGAUCGGACAGCGCUUGGCGAACGGCGGAAAACUUUGACCUCGUGCCUCUGAGCAUCAGCGCCAGACCGUACAUCAAUGAGUACAUUCUGAAACAAGUCAGCUGCAACGGUAAGCUGAUUCAUUCGUUGGUGCAAAACCUGUGGCAACAGACGCCAGACAACGAAGACAAGAUCAUGAUCCCGCUGGUUUUUAGUGUGUGCUUCGCUGUCGUCGUACUGUCCAUUUUGGUAUUCGCCAUUUAUAACCGAUACAAGGUUAUCAGCGCGUACAAAAUGAAAAGCUGGAUACUGGUGGAGAACGACAUCAAGUUUUGGGAGUACCUUGCCGAAGGGCAGAAGCGGAGUACUACGUUUUCCAGUAGCCGCACGACGGUCCGAAGUACUCCCAAUACGACCAAUUCAGUCUUCAACCCCCUGCAGUACUGGAAAUUUUACAUCGUCGCUUCAGGCCGUUUUCGUGGCAAGGAAGUGCUCAUGGUUGGAAGCGAGUCCACGAUGAACCCGUUGAACCUGCAAUUUGUCACCUGCAAACGCCUGUUCAACGCCCUUCGUCUUAACAGCGACAAUCUGAUCCCCUUCAUUGGCUUGGUUGUGAAAGAUUCAACGAUUUUUCAUGUAUUCGAGAGUACUGAAAAAAGUUCUUUGCAUGAAACCUUAGCUUCAGCUCCUUACGAGCUUAACGAAGACAUCAAAUACAUCAUUUCCUUAGACGUUGCUUAUGGAAUGCAAUAUCUUCAGAAGCAUGACAUUGUUCACGGCUUCCUGGACACAUGGAACAUUUUCUUGGACAAAAACUGGACGGCUAAGAUAAGCUGCUGGAGUCACUGUUACGUGGGUGAGGCAGAGAACGAACUGGCACAACUGAUAUACGGACCUCAAAUGAUUGACAAAGUGAAAGAUGACUACCACAUUAAGCGCCUGAUGUUCAGACACCCGAAUCUGCUGACCGGUCGAGAGCAGACCAUCAGCGUAAAGCAUGACAUUUUCAGUUAUGCAAUGGUAUUGGUGGAGGUAUUUACACGGGAGCUUCCGUUCAGCGGUAGAAGCUCGGUUAUUGGUUGGCGCAGCAUGCUUGACGAACUGACAAAAAAUCCACAUCUCAGGGGCAUUUCCCCUGACAUCCCGGGUCCUAUCAAAGAACUGGUGACAAGGAUGACUGCUCCUAAUCCACAAAUAACGUUCGAUGGUGCAAUCAUUACGUUGCAACUCAAUCAGCCAAGUACCAAAGGUAUAGUGGACAUUCUUCUCAAAACGAUGGAAGACUACAUGAGCAGUCUUGAGGAGAAGGUUGAUUUUAGCUGUUCAUCAUACCGUUUCACGUACAGUGCCACGGUCACGGCCAAAAUGGAAAUGCUCUUGAACAGCAUGUUGCCAAAAGACGUGGCGACAAAGCUUCAAAACGGUCAAAAAGUUGAACCUGAAUUUUACCAGUCCGUCACCAUCUACUUCUCGGACAUCGUGUCUUUCACUAACCUCUGCUCAGAAUCAACUGCCCUUGAAGUGGUGAACAUGCUAAACGCUCUGUACACCAUGUUUGAUACGCACAUUGAACGCUAUGAUGUCUACAAAGUGGAAACAAUCGGCGAUGCCUAUAUGUGCGUUAGUGGGCUGCCUAGACGCAAUGGAGAUCGGCAUGUCGAACAAAUCACGCGAUUGGCAAUUGACCUGGUGAAGGGAGUCAACAGCUUCGUUAUACCUCAUAGACCAAAUAGAAAACUGCAGGUUCGUGUGGGAAUCAAUUCUGGACCGGUCAUGAGCGGCGUCGUCGGCAUCAAAAUGCCCAGGCGAGUGUUCUUCGUGAUAUAUAUUUUGUUGUUUCGCAUGAAAGCAAGAAACCUACUGCCUAUCUCAACGUUUCGGUUCCAGAUUUUCAGAAUCGCGUAUUGCUUUCUAUGA